CUCGUGUGGUCAGUAAAGCUCGCACGCUAAUGUCUUCACUCUAUCAAUUUAGAGAUCAGAGAAACCACAAAGUCCGAGGCAUCCCAUUUUAGCUCAUAACCCGAUCAACUGAAGGCCUAGAUUGGUUCAACACAGGUCAAGAGGGACGUGUGACUUUACCAGCGUGGAGGAUUACUCACCCUUUUUACAGAGCUAAACAGAUCUCACGAAAAAUGUGAGGAAUGUGGUUCUUCAAGAACGGCAUUUCCAUUAAGAACGAAGUUUGACAAAGACCAUCGACGUUGAUGAACAAUGUCACCUCAGGAAGUUGAGUAAUUUCAGGCCUACCCACAAAUCCAGAUGUGUCGAGUUGGUGCUGCUAUCAGAUGAAGAUCUUUGUUCUCAUCACGAAAGGAAUGAAAUGUUUCUUUGUCUUAAGCAGCUAACCUAAUCAAAAGCUUUUCAAUACUUUGAAUAGAUUUCGUCGGCACCUCUGUGCUUUCUUCAGCUCUGAUAGGGAAUACUCAUCAGCGUGGGAAAAUAAUUUCGCCUUGUCAACAGCCUUUCUCCUCUUAAUCGAUAACACACACUUUUGUUUGUUACAACGUAAAAUAAUUAAUAUUUAAGAAGGACUGCCAGAGAUGAGAAGUGAAUAAAACUGCAUAAGAUUUUGAGGUUUUUAUUGAGAAUUGGAGCAGCAACAUAACUAAGAACUUUUCUCUCACUAUAAUUGCACGUAUUGUUGAAUGAGAAAGACAUAAGUUUACUCCUCCUGUUCAAGGCUAUUGUUGGAAUGCAUACAGCGUUAGGCAAAUCCGCCAUAAAACUGUCUGAUUUGCGCCGGCCGAUCUUGUACAAUCCUAAAACGAAUAAACCGAUCAGAGGGAGCAACCUAUUUCCGUCAACUAUCGAAGCAAACAAACAAAAGUUUAAACAGUGUAAAGUUGUUAUCUUUACGAAGGUCAUCACCACCGGAAUGAAUUCAUAAUUCAAAACUAAACCAAUCAAAAACCUAACAUUUCCUAGAAAUUUAAGAUUUCUGGAGACUCUCUUUAAAGGUGCCGUUGUAAACUUUCGAUUUAUUUCAGGGCAGUUAAUGGUCCAUAGAUUUGAUUGCUUGAUUUUAGAUUGGGUGCCAUCAUCUUUCAUCAUAUAAGGAGAGGCCUAAUCUUGCCUCUCAACUCCGCUUAACACAAACCUUUUACUGAACGAGUGCACGACAUCGACUUCGCCUUGUGGGGCUGCGAGCUAGCCUCAUACUGCUAUCUCUGAGAAGUGUUAAUAUUCCGAGUCAAGGGUAAAACAAGUUAAACAAUAACCUAAUAUACCCUAGAAAGGUCAAUUCACUUCCUAAGACAUCAAAACAAAUAAACACGGUCAUGUUCCUUGAUAAGUCAAUCUGCCAUCUUUUCUGCAGGACAACUUGCUGUCAUUGGAAUCAGAGUUUCGUAGCUCAUGUUUAUCUGAACCAACUAGUUGAUAAGUUCCGUAUGUGCUAUGUUGAGUAUCAAAGUGAAUGGCAUAUGACUACGCUAUUCUGGGAUGCGGUCUCGUCCCAGUGCUUUUCCCAAUUGACAAAAUACCAAGGCUGUCAUCAAAGUAUUAAUUGCUGUUUAUUGCCUGUUUGCCAAAGAACUUAGCAGCUUGCGUGAAAAGGGUGCGACAAACGAGAAUACACUGUCUGUGAAGUAUACAACGAGUCUUAAUGGAGUCUUCACCGUCUCUUUCAAUGAAGGCAAAUGCUUUCUCUAUAGCCUCUCUGAUGUCCUCUAGAGAUGAUCGAGGCGAUUUUGAUCCGAAAUUGUCUCCAAAAGACAGAGCGGAGAGUUUUUCUGAAGAAGAAACUACUCAACCACCGCCGGCAAAGAGGAUGAAGUCUUCGUCAAGCGAAGAAACCAUCGAAGACAAAGAAAGCGGGAAUGAGUACGAAAACCCAUCUAAGGACGAACUGAGAAACAUAACCGUUGAAUUGGAAGGAAAAGAGUUAUGGGAGAGAUUUAGUGAACUUGGAACUGAAAUGAUCAUUACUAAGGCUGGAAGGCGCAUGUUUCCCACAUUAAGAAUAUCUGUGAACGGUGUUAACCCCAAAGCAAACUAUAUGGUCUUGAUGGAUAUAGUGCCUGUUGAUGACAAACGCUACAGAUACGCCUAUCACCGUUCAACUUGGCUUGUGGCGGGUAAAGCUGAUCCACCAGCGCCUGUAAGACUCUACAUGCACCCAGAUUCGCCUUUUACUGGCGAGCAGUUGUUGAAACAGAUCAUAUCAUUUGAAAAAGUUAAACUGACCAACAACGAUGGCGACCGUAACGGACAUCUCAUUCUUAAUUCUAUGCAUAAAUACCAGCCUCGAGUGCAUAUUAUUCGUAAACGUGACCACACAGCUUCUGUAAUUAAUCUCAAGUCCGAGGAGAUGAAAACCUUCACCUUUCCAGAGACAAAUUUCAUUGGAGUGACAGCAUACCAAAAUCAACUGAUCACACGAUUAAAAAUAGAUAGCAAUCCAUUUGCCAAAGGUUUCCGGGACUCAUCACGUCUUAUUCCAGUAGAAAGAGACUGUUUUCACGACGGUCACCCCCCUUCGAUGGUUACAGACCCGUUGUAUCCGUCUCUUUCCUUUCCGCUAAUACCACAGCUUGGGGUUAACAACAGAUACCAGCUUCCCAAGAUCGGCUGUAGAUCUCAAGACAAGGCAACUUUCUUCCAAACAGGGUGUCCACCACCGUCACCAGCUAUUCCAAGAGUUCCUUUCACAGGAGUCCUAAGUCCCUUUCACCAGCAAGGUUUGCCCAACUUAUUGUCGUCUAUUUCUUCACCAAAACCCAUGGGAGCGCUGGAAGUACCUCCACUACCACCUUACAGUGUUCACGGGGACUUUGCUGGCUCAACGUUACCCUUCUUUUAAACUAGAUGUAUGUUACAUGCAGUGAGAUAAUAGAGUCGGAACGACGAGUACAUUUCCUCUUUGACUAACAGGAUAUCUGCAUCAUGACCAUGGCUUGUAAAGCACAUUCUGCACCCAAUAUUUAUCAUGCUCAUUUCGCCAAUUUCUUUGGCGACUUGCAUCAUAUUUUGUACAAGCUGGAAAGGCUAAAUUGGCCUUUAAAAACUCAUUCCCUUUAUGAUCGAAAGAUUUUGCUUGCUUUUAAGCUACUUCGGCUAUGUUCGACCAUUUUGAAUUAGUAUGUAUUUAAGGGUGAACAUAUUGAUUAAGGACAUUUAUAUACCUUUCCUAUGGAUAUUACACCCACGCACCAACAUUCCUUGCCGGUAAACUAAGUUACCAAGUGAUGAAUUUACUAACUUCAAUCGCUUGCGUAAAGAUACUGGUAAAGACAAUAAUUACUCAACUACAAUGUCAAUAGAACUUGUAUUAUUGUAUAUAGUGUUAUGUUCCUGGAGUUAAGAAUAACCAAUCAAAUAAUAUCGUCAUUACAGCAUUUAUUAUGAAGAUAUAGAAUUCCUCCCUUUGAGCAGGUUGUGGUAGGUCUCAUAGACCCCUUUUCCUUUGAAAUAAUUUCUUGUUCGAUUGUUUUGUAGCAAUUUUUUGUUCAAAUUUUGUAGCGGAUCGGCGAAACUCUAUUUAAAAAGGCCAACGAUCUUAUAAGUGUUAAAAAGGUUGUCCUUCCUUCUUUUUUUAAUCAUUUUUUACUCUUGGAGAAACUUUAUAUGUGACCUAUUUAUUAUUUUUAUUUGGAAUAUCCUAGGAAAAGAAAUGUGAACAAAACGAAUUGUAAAAAAUGAAACUUUAACCAAUUAGUUAUAAUGAUGCAUCUUCAUUAAAGUGUUUCAGUUGUAUGAUA